CUUGGAAUCAUAAAAUCCAAACCAAACGAGGACUCAAACGUAUCAAAUUAAAAAGAAAAUAUUAAACAAUUUUUGCAAAUUUUUAUAAAACGCACAAGAGUUCUGGUAAAUAUGUCCUACUUCUGCAGGGAGUACCAUGAUAUACCCGUCAGUACUGGCACCACCAUCAUGGCAUUGGAAUACGCCCACGGAGUGGUGCUCGGAGCCGAUUCCCGCACCAGUGCAGGCAGCUACGUGGCCAAUAGGGCCUCGGACAAGCUGACCGAGGUGGCGGACAGGAUCUAUUGCUGUCGCAGUGGAUCGGCUGCGGAUACUCAGGCCGUGGCCGACCUGGUGAGCCAUUCGCUGAACUAUCAUCAGUAUCAGUUUGGCAGACCGCCCACCGUAUGGGAGGCUGCCUGUGACUUCCGUCAUCUGUGCUAUACCUAUCGGAACAACCUCUUGGCCGGGAUCAUAGUGGCAGGAUACGAUGACAAGAAGGGCGGUCAGGUGUACAGUAUUCCCCUCGGCGGGAUGCUAGUUCGGGAGCCCUGCACCAUCGGCGGUUCCGGAUCGUCCUAUAUUUUUGGCUAUGUGCACGAUCAAUAUCGUCCUGAUUUUUCGAAGGAGCAGUGCGUUGCGUUUAUCAGGAAGUGCAUUCAACUGGCCAUUCACCACGACGGCAGUUCCGGCGGAGUGAUCCGUAUUGCAAUUAUAACCGCGGACGGAGUCGAGAGACGCGUGUACUUCAAUACGGAGACUGGACAGCCCGUAACCAAGCACAAAAAGCUAACCGAACUCGAUACCUCCGAAGAGAGUGAUUGAUAAAUAUUAUUUUUUAAUUUUUAUAAUUCUUUUCCGCCAGGGAAUAAACUUAAAUUUUAUGUGAAAAUAAUUGAAAAAUGGGUUUUAAGAAAAUGAAGCUGCCAUGGGAAAGACAAAGGGUUGCUAUCAUAAUAGGAUCAUUUGAAUUUAACAAUUGAAUAUAAAAAUAUAAUAUAGUCAAGUACUUAUGGCUUAUCUAUAUUUUUGUACCCAUUGACACCACAUUUUGACGCAGUCUGUCUCUGAGUUUUUGACUUUUUUAUAAGUGAUCUCUUAGACCCGAAUGCCAAGAAACAAUAUUGCCUUCUUAUCAGAGACUCUCAAGCUUAAGCCUUAUCUCAAAUUCGAGUACGAUUUAAAAAGCCAGAGCCAUGAGCCCCGCAGCAUCAGUUGAUAUUUUUCUUCCAAAUCUUCCAAAUCAAGAAAAAUGAUGCUGCUGGUGGUGUUCGUUUCUGCGAUUUAUUUGAUUUCCCCCUCCCUGGGAUCGGAAGAUGUAAUAGCCGUUUUUAUUUUGGAAAGUAAUCCUAAACUCCAUUCCACAGUCGUGCUAUCUAUCGGAGGAGCAGGAAGACGAGUGUGCUGCCGUUUGUUACCCCAUGGUGAAGCCCAUGCUGCGAUAUUUCGAAAAAUGCCAGGAAAAGGAUUCCCAGACAUCCCAGUGCCAGAAGGACUAUUCGGAGCUCCUGAAGAGGCAUACGGAAGUGUUGCAGCAACUGAAUGAAGUUAACGUCAAGUAUGAAAAGCUGCAAUCGAAGCUUGAAAUACUGAGUGAGCUUGGAGUAUUUGAAAAUCAGUUCCGCGAAGACAUUGCAAAGUUAAGAGAAGUACUAAAGAAAGGAGAAAUGUCCAAGUCGCAAGUUGCGAUUAAAAAUACGAAUGAAAUUAUGUUGUUAGAAAGUGAAAUUAGUAUAAUUAAUCAGAAAAAGUCGGAAACACCAACCAUAAGUGAGUCGACAGAGCCAACUAGUUCGGAAAAUAAAACAUUGAAUGUUCCAGCUCUUCCAGAUCGUUGCCCACAAAGCCAAAAGCCAGGCAGGAUCCUCCAAGAAAUCCACGUCCCAGGCUCAGAUCCGUUCAAGGUGGUUUGCUACACAGACAGGGAGUCUGGAUCUGGUUGGAUAGUGGUCUAUCAGAAAUAUUAUCAUUCGAGUCCAUUUAAUCGAAGUUAUGAAGAAUAUGCAGCAGGCUUCGGAGAUCGAUCGAAUUUGAGAGAAGAUUUCUUUCUCGGUUUGGAAAAGCUGCACCUUUUGACGGACGGAAGGCCACACGAGUUGAUGGCAGCUCCAUUCAAGGGCAAAUGCAACAGAUUUGUUUUGGGCUCUCGAGACGAGGGAUAUAUGGUGAAAAGUACUGGCAAGUGUUCUGGCAACAUGGAGGUAGGCUUCGUGCAGAGCACCAAGUUUUCCACCUUCGAUCGAGAUGAGGAUGGGGAUCCUGGUCGUAAUUGGGCAGAGAGAAGAGGAGUUGGCUGGUGGUUCGAUUCUAGAAAUAAUGCCUUCUUUGAAAAUAGAAUUAUUAGAAUUCUGAUCCGAAGACAAGAUUCAAAUAACGCCCUUUACGACAUUGGAAGACGACAUAUUUAUAAAAAAUAGAUUGAGUAUUAAUAUUUAUUUAAAUUUAGUUAUUCUUAUUUUAUUUACAAAUUGUUCUGUAAUUUAAUGAAAAUAUAUGUUAGAGUAAGGUUUCUGAAUAAAAUAUUUGCUUUUAGUUUAUUGUCAGAAAGAUUUUUAUACUCCAACAAGAUGGAAAGGUGGAAAACUCUAAAAUGCCAAGAGAAAUCCACAUUUUGAACUCUAAAAACAAAACCAAAAUUUAAAAUUUCAAGAUCGGCCCCAAAAGUGUCCCAGAACAUUGAAAAGUGCUGCAAGGCUUCACAACAUGUUUCUGCAACAAAUGUUGCUGCAACAUAUGAAUUUAUAUGUUUCCCAACACUCUUUUCAGAAUUCGGCUGAAAUGUCAAUCCAAAGACCCAUUACUUGGCCAAUGCCUUUGAAAUCAUGGCACAUAGGAUAGCCUUCCCCAAUCAGAGUUCCCCGGACCUCCCUCUUCGACGAAUCGGCAACUCCAAUUAUCACGUAUACGCACCCAUGUUCUUUCCUUUUUUUGUAUAAAUUUCACUGAUUUCGACAAGGACCAAGGAAACGACAAGGAAACUCUUAAAAAGGCCAAGGAUGAUUUAAUAAAAUUGCUGGACUGGCCGCAAAUCCCUGUUGAGAUGAAAAGAAUAUGGCUAAGACCGACAGAAAUAAAAUAAGAGAUAAGAAAAGAAAACAAUCUUUUUCGUGGAAUUGUCAUUUUGGUGGCAAAACGAGCAGAAAUCCAUCGCCGCUGGAGACGUACGCUUUAGCCAUUUGCCAUUAGCCAUUAGCCAUUUGUCCCGCAAUUCGAGUUAAUCAAUAAAGUUGUCCAGGAGCGAUUUAGUAGCUGCCUGGCUCCGUCAUCUGCGAUUUACAACCUCCUGGCGUAACAAUAAAUACUUUAUAAAUUUCCUAGCA